GCAGGGAACCAACAGCGCGAGAGCCCAGGAAGUCUCGAGUUUGGCUGGCGGUUAAAACUAGGCUCCUCUCCGCUAUGGACAGCCGUCCCCCUUGCGACUUGGCCGGGCAGCUCGACCCCAGGAUGUCUCAGGAAGCGAGCGACGUUGUACGCGACCCGUCUGAAGUAGCGUUGGCAGCCCGCAAGCGAGACGUGUCAUUCUACCUGGUCCUCGUCUUCGCUGUCGGACCCAUCUGGUCGAUUGUUCCUCUGUCAUGGGCGUAUGUUGUCUACAACUUAUGGUCUGGAAGGGUAUGGUUCCUGUCCUGGCACGAAGCGGCCGCCUUCGGUGCGGCUGUAUGCGAGGCGUUCUUCAGCAUAUAUUACUAUCAGUUGUCAAGAUACGUCUCUGGUCCUUCCCCACUUCCGGCUGGGAAUCUCGUCGAGCUCCAGGCCGCCUUCUCUCGUGUUCUGCAAGCAGGCCUGGCCUCCCUUCCCGAGGAUGGAUUCGACGAGGAGACAUUGGAAGACGAGCGGCCUGGCAGUCCAGCGGAAGCUUUGACCAAGCUUGAAUACAGCGACCCUCGAGCGAUUGAUUUCCGUAACUGCUUACGGAUUUGGUUUGGCAAAGCUCCCUGGUCCCAGAUCCACACUCAGGAAGUCUAUGCAUGGUUAUAUUGGUCCAUAUUCAACGAGGCCCUGCCCCCGUUGGAUAGCCUAUCACCUGCACAGCGUGCCGCCCUUGACGAUGCCCUGAAUAUGAUCGAGAUGCGCACUGGCUCUACGAUUCCUCGCGGAUCAAACCCUGAUAUCAAGCCCAUUCUUCUGACAUUGGACCCUGUCAACGUCUCGUUUCGUCCGCUAGUCUGGUACCUGUUCGUAACGGCUGCCAAUUACAGUAUACGGAAAUGGUGCCAGUACGGAUGGGGAGCUCAGUUCGGGCGAUACAAGAAUAUGGAGUAUAUGGUCCGCGUACCCGAAGGGUGGAGCCCAGCGACUGGUCCCCAUCCUAUCGUCUUCCUGCACGGACUUGGUCUCGGUCUGACCCAAUACAAGCUCUUCCUGACCCAUUUGCACGAGACGUUCCCUGACCGGCCUCUGCUCGUUCCCCUGCAACCACAAAUUAGCCAAGAUAUAUUCCACCCCCGGUUCCUGAAACCCAUGGGUCGACAUGAGAUGGCUGACACGCUUGCCGAGCUGUUGAAGAGCUUGAACUGGGUUCGGGAUGUCAGCAAUGAGGAUAGUGACAGCGAGAAGGAAACCUCAGACGAGGAGAGAAGUAAAGGUAUCACCCUUCUGAGCCAUUCCAAUGGAUCAUACGUGCAUGGUUGGAUGCUCAAGUCGCAUCCUGAGAUGGUCUACCGAUCCUGCUUCGUAGAUCCCGUCACAUUCUGCUCAUGGGAGGGCGACGUCUGCUACAAUUUCCUAUACCGUCCCUGCUCCAACGGUCUCGAGUUGAUAAUGCGGUAUUUCGUAGGCACUGAACUUGGCGUUGCAAACCUGCUGCAGCGGCAUUUCGACUGGUCCUCCAACUCGCUUUGGUACGAAGAGAUACCCAAUGCGCGUGACCCCGCUCGGACCAUGUUCCUUCUCGGUGGGAAGGACGCCAUAGUUAAUGCUGAGCGAGUGAAACGAUACCUGCGCUCUCACGGAAUCCGCAAGGGUCUAUGGUACGAUCCGAAAGGAAGGCACGGGCAGGCUUUACUCGCGGGCGGCGAGGGACACGCGGAGAUCCUUCGCUGGCUGCGACAAUAACGAUCUGACGCGACUAUCCGAUGUUAUCGAGUUUGCUCUGGCACAUUACCGUAGACGUACAACACUAUCGGGAUUUUGUAGUUACAUCUAUACCACUAAUGUUACACAAGUAAUUUAUCCUGUAUCUUGCUUUUGAACAUGUACUGGCGUGUGGGCGUUCGGGUCCUCAGUGGAUGUACAGAGCUCCGAAGGUGUUUGCAG